CACGCCAGGCCAACAACCACGGCCAGCUUUUUCCACGCAACCUCGCAACUCGUUUCCCCAACGCUCUUUUGGCCUCACCUAUUUCUCCUACCUGCCCUUCCCUUCACCUCACGGCCGUCACAUCGCCCGCUCGCUUCGCCAAUCCCGAGGGUUGUGAGUAAAGGCUGGUCAUCCCGCGGAGGUUAGUUUGGAAGCCCAACCGCCGAUUGACGUUGCCCGCACUCGACGCAGUGGCUCCCGCUUUCCCUGAAGCCACCACUGCAGCUUCCCACUGCCUCUUGUCCUUUGACCUCCGGCUUGGCCCGCCCAUUCGCCGCCAGAACGCGCCGCCCAAUCGUUCGUUGACCUCAUCAACUGCGCCGAAGCCCGCGCUUUGCAACGAGCCCCCGCGUUUGACUUCGCCUGAAGGUUUCAGCGCACGUCCACGGUUCUGACUGCCAGCCACCCAGUCACUCCAGUUCGAAGCCCUCCCGACCCAAUAUGGCGAACACACAGAACAUACAGGCACCGUUUGCCGUGGAUCGGUACGUCGUGAUCCACGUCGCGACCACCUGUGACGAGCAUGGUGUCUACGUCACCAAGGACUCUGCCGAGGUUAUUGAGCUCGGCUGGAUCCUCCUCGACGCGAAAACACUGGAGGAGCUUCACCGCGAGAGCGUACUGGUCAAACCGGUCAAUACUCCCAUUACACCUCUUUGCACGAGCCUGACGACCUUGACCUGGGAGCAUGUCCGUAACGCAGGCACGUUCCGGGAUGCCAUCAACCGCUUCGACGCCUUUGCCUCGGAACACCUAACAUCGACCAACCUGGAUUUCGUGUUCGUUACAUUUGAGGCAUGGGACCUGCGCGUGCAGCUUCCUCGCGAAGCGCGGGACAAGACUGUGGUGCUACCUCCGUACCUGCAGCACUCGCGGACGUUCGACCUCAGGACGGAAUACCAGCGGUGGCUACAGCAUCACCCCGAGGCCCUCACUUUUGCAACAUCGACCUUGACCAACAUCUGUGCGGCCCUCGAGGUUGAGGCGGUGCAAUCCAGCGCCCCCAUCAAACACAACCUGCCGUUCCACCUGCAGGCUCUGGCGCCGGCAUCGCCUCGUCGUGCCAUGGAGGAGGCUGUCACGCUGGCACGCGUGCUGCGUGGCCUGAUUAGGAAGUCUCAACCUCUGCAGGACCACCCAGACGUGCUUGCCCGCCCGCUCGAUGCCCGUGCCGACGUUCGCGCCUUCCUUUCCGAGCGCAGCAAGGUCCUUCACAUGUCUGGUCUCCCCCACGACACGACGCAGUCGGAGCUGGAAAGUUGGUUCACUCAGUUUGGAGGCCGUCCCAUCGCUUUUUGGACUCUGCGUACACCCGAACAGCACAAGCCUACCGGUACCGGCUUUGCCGUCUUUUCGUCCCACGAGGAGGCCGCCGAGAGCUUGUGCAUGAACGGGAGAGCGCUCAACGAAAAGGCCAUCGAGGUCUCGCCCUCUUCUAGCCGCGUUCUUGAUCGUGCGGCAGAGAUCCUUACUCCAUUCCCGCCCAGCAAGAAUCGCCCCCGCCCGGGCGACUGGACCUGCCCGUCUUGCGGGUUUUCUAACUUCCAACGCCGCACAGCAUGUUUCCGGUGCUCGUAUCCUGCGGUCAACUCCGGCCCUGCGGGCGGAGACAUGGCUUAUGGAGGCUAUGGUGGUUAUGCCCCCCCGGCUAUGAUGCCGCAUCCCCAGCACGGUGGUGGUCACCACGGCCCGAUGCACGGAGGCGGCCGCAUGGGUGGCGGUGGUGGUGUCGUGCCCUUCCGCGCCGGCGACUGGAAGUGCGGCAACGAGAUCUGCGGGUACCAUAACUUCGCCAAGAAUGUGUGCUGUCUUCGCUGCGGCGCCAGCCGUGCCACCGCAGCUGUCGUUGGCGACUCUGGGUACCCCUCUCCCAUGGUCGACCCGCCAUCGAACUACAUGAACCAGCAGUCGAUGGGCGGAGCCCCAGGUCCUGGUGGUCCCUUCUCAGGUGGAGGCGGUGGCUUCCAGUCUGGCGGUGGCUAUGGUCAGCACUUUGGCGGGCCUCCUAGCACCUAUGCCCUCCCCUCAGGCAUCGGUGGAGGCGCCGCCCCGUACCCGACCAUCAACACCCAUUUUGGUGGUCCCGGAGCCCCCGGCAUUCAUUCGGCUGGCCCAUUCGACAGCCGAGCCGCUGAGGCAGCAUUCCAGUCUGCCACCAACGGCCCUGCAUCGGCUGGACCUUCCAGCUUCUAUGCGUCGAACACCGAGAACGAUCCUUUCCCAUUCCUGUCGUCUGGUAUGGGUGGUCUGAGCGUGAGCGGUAAUGACGCCCGUCAGAACGGCAGCGGCGCCCCACCCAGCAAGUCCCCUGCUUGAGGUCCAGAGCUCCAAAUCACGAGUCCUCGAGGGCGUGUCGCUUCGUCGCAACAAGCUUCAAUAAGGACUGCUCGUUUGUCCUUACCUUCCUCAACUUUGUCCCACCUCGGCUCAUGGGAUCGAAGCGAUAUCGAACUUGCCGUCAUCUCGUCAAUUUGGUUUUGUAUUGGUUGCGUGCCGUGGGCGGACGCACAUAGAAGCACCAUCUUGUCAUCUGGAGACAUGUUGGCGAUACUGACGGAACCCUUUCUACCUGUUUGGACUCGUUGUCAUCCUUACACACAGCGCACAGCACGACUAUCCUUCUUUUUACGCGGAGAGCUCAACAAUCACCCCCCCUCAUACAUAUUCGUUUUAAAAGCCCCCCAUAUUUUCUUCAUGUCUAUCUCCCCGUAUUCCUUAUAUUCCCUGCCUUCUUAUAUCUUUCUGCAAAUAUCCGGUUGCCACAGGUGGUUCGGUUGGUGAACUUUAUUCUUCGUUUAGCCUAGGGGUGGCAGGAACGGGAGGCCGGCUGGUCGGAGGGUUUCGUUAUGGCACUUAUGGAGGUCGGUUCUGGCUGGCGCGUGGAUUCUUUCGAUGUUUGUUUCUGUCCGUUACAGACCACCCAAAGACUGUUCUUACUGUCAGUCCUUGUCUGCGUGCGUUGGUCAAACACAAAAGGGGAAAAGCGGGAGGGGAUUCUUGGUCUGGGGAAGAGAAAAACCGACUCAACUGCCCUUCUGCUUUUUUCUCUUUUUCUUUUUCUCUCUCGACCAGGGAGCGGAGGGAUUCGCAUCCCACCACCCAAAGAACAGAAUGUUUGCGCUACGGAGUGGGAUUGGCCUAAGAGGAGUGGGGGUUCGCUUUUGUACACCUGGUAAACAUGGAAGGCGGGGUUUCUGGACUUGGAAGGAUAGCCGGGAUUGGUUGUGUCAAGCUGUUUGUUUUCUUUUUCCUUGCCUCUCUGCCUUUUCCUCUCUGUUUCCUUUUCACCCCCUUAGUAUGCCAUCCUUUCUGUGAGGGUGACACAGGAGGGUCAUGGAGCCUGCAGAGAUGUUGGGGAGGCAUGUGUUUGGGAAACUCGCAGUUUGGCCGGCAGCCCGCGACAUCCAAACUAACAUACAUACAAAAAGGGUAUUUACACUGGAGGGCGCGUGCAUAGCGAAGGGGAGUGUUUAAAGGGAUAUACUUGGGAGCCAACUGCCUGGUCGUCUGUUUCUUACACAAAGUCUGUAUGGUGCCAUAGUUUUCGUUGUUUUUGUCUCUUUUUCUUCUGUUUCCCCUUCUCCUUACCCAAAUCGCACUGCCUUUUUUUUCUUUCUCAACGUUCCUUUUGCCUGGAUCGCUAAUAGUUCAUAUCUCUGCCUUUUUACUAUCCCCAGCACAAACACACCACCCACACAUACAACACAACACACAUCAAUACUACUAGUACGUUG